AUGAAGUUUCAUAACCGUGUACCGUCAUUCUCAUUCACACGGGCAAAGCAUGAUAACGAGAAUGAAGCCGGCGAAAGUAGUUCUCAACCAAGCACACCCUUUCGAGCAGAUUUCAAUCUUAGCUCACAUCUAUCUCCUACACAUCUCCCUGGAGAUUUAGAUCCCAUACAAGUCCAAACACCUCUGACACAUGAAAUGUCCGCUGUUCUCUCUGCACGUCGCUCAAGUAAAGAAGAAGCAUCAGAGAUCAGGAAAAAGUCUACUAUAACCUCUGGAAUUCGACAAAGAGCUGAUAGUUUGGUAGAAGGUAUACUUGAAGAAGGUACACCCCUAAAGCUACUUGGCUUGCCCGCCAAUCUGAAAGGCCGGAGAGGUAGCGCCAAUGAUGCUUUUCUAGCGGCCAGCGUGGUACCCCCACGCGGAAUAACACGAAAUAGAUGGAGUAUAAACAAUCUGAACACCUUCAGUCGCCAGCGAAUGCGGAUCUCGUCGCUUUUCAGUGGAAACCACCACUCUCCUUCGACUUCUCGCUCUCCUAGCCCUGUUCCAUCCGCCUCCCGGUCAAGGUCUGCAGUGGACUCAGAUGGCGAAAGCAUAUCGGAAGUCGCCUCUGGACAUGUCUUCGAACAAUCAGAGCAAGAUUCCAGUGACUCAGAUAGUAGUACCGAUUCAAGCGGAGACAGUGAUGAUGACACGCUUGACAGUGCAGAAGAUCAAACUAUCUUGGCAAAUACUACCGCAAACGCCUCUGCGCGCACUCCGAUUGACUUCCUUCAAACUUCUAAUCAGCCAGUUCCAUUCUUCGAUCAGGCUCCCAAUCUCACAUCACCGCCACCCAUCCCCGUCUUAUUCUCUUCGUCAAAUCAACGCCGUGAGACAGACCCAAAACGUAAACCUUCAAUCGUAUCACGAUCCACAUCACGACGCAAAAAGUCAAUCAAUGGCCACCAAGGGCAUAUCAAGCUUCCUCUUGUGGUGUCACGACCAGUCUACGAGAAGAAUCGCUGCACCAUCACCAUGGAACACGGCGACAGGGCGAAAGCAUUUCAAAAAGUCGGAAGGUCUCGGUUCUAUCUGGUGGCGAGCGAUUUAAGUGAGGAAUCAAGAUACGCCAUCGAAUGGACCAUCGGAACAGUACUGCGACAAGGAGACGAGGUACGCUUUGCUAAUUUUGAUUCUGACAAACCUGGAUCUGCGAGUGACGGGCGCGCCAAGAUCAAAAAUCAGAAAGAUCGUCGCGAGAAAGCUGCUACCUUGGUGCGAGAAGCCACAGCGCUUCUGGAACGUACCACCCUCAACGUGAAAGUCACGUGUCAAGCCGUGCAUGCAAAGAGCGUAAGGCGGAUGCUGGUUGACUGCAUUGACUUCUUGCAACCAAAUCUGGUGAUUGUAGGACGUCACGGAGUCAGCUCGACAAGGGGUACACUGAUGGGAACGGUAAUGGUGGCGCGCAGGAGGUUACGUAUACAACCGAAGGUGUAUAAGAAAAGAUCGCAGCUGAAUCGUAGCCCGCGGAUGCAUUUAAAUGAAGCAGAAAUUGACAAAGAGUCACAAAAAAUCACUUCGCCGCAGCGGCAUGAUGCACCAGAAGAUGGCUCUUCACUAUCUCAUGGAGAAAUUACAACUAGCUACUCAAGGGGCGAGUCAUCUUGCAAGCAAGAUUGCGACCGAAUAGAAGACCAAGAAACAUCUGACACAGCAAUUCUUCUGAAUCAACAGCCAGAUACCGAACCAGCCAAUGUGGAAUCUAGUUGUGUUACUCUUGAGGAAUUGAACAAACUGGAAAAAGGCAAAUCAGUCUCAAUUUCCUUUACUCAACCCAGAUGA